AUGUCUGGCCCUAUUACACUCUGCAUUGUCGUGCGCAACACGAGUGCCGACGGUGCGAGUGCGACCGGGCCUCCUUCGCUCGAGCUAGGUAGUCCGCAGAGCGACGACGGUGAGGCCGAAAAGAUCAACAGCGAAAUCAACAGCUCUGUUGCGGGCGGCAUAUAUUGUGCGGAUGUUCCGAGCCUCUUGAGUGAGUUCGGAAGCACCCCAGACCUCAGCUUUCAGCGUCCGCUAAGACGUCGCCAGCAAACGGGGAGAGCCAGAGAGGCGAAGCCCCGUCGUGUCGCUUGUGGGCGAGGUGUCCAUAAGCUGAGAGGAACAGAAGGCGCACCGGAGGCGUUAGGUGUCAGCGGCGAGCGCGAGACCUGCAGCGAGCUCCCCGCUGUCGUAGAUAAUCGUCCCGAAGGUGCGUCCGGGAUUGGUGUACACAUACUCCCAUACGAGCUGCCGGUACAUAGCAUUGGCAGCCGGUUCGACUGCUCUGUCCGUGGUGGACAGCUGCCAAAGACGCCAGUUACCCUAAAAGAUGUACCGUGGGGAGUACCGCGCGAGGAUACUUGCGGGGAUGGCAGCCGGAAGCACAUCCUACUUCAAGUUGAACGAAUUGACAAAGACCGGCUGCGCAGAUUCUCAUACUGA